CUUCCGUUUCCGGUCCUCCCGAAAACGAGAAUACGACAACAUCAUCAUUCAGUUUGUUCUCAUUUGAUAGUCUAGAUUGAACAUCUUGAAUAAUUUAAGGAUGGGUUGCGAUGGAGGAACCAUCCCUAAGCGCGAUGAGUUGGUCAGGACUAAGAAAAAACCAGAACAAAAAGACAAGGCGGCCGACUUGGUGGCGAAAUGGAAGCACUGCGCACUGAGCCAGGAGCGGCUGGUGGAACCCAUCAUGGCCUGUGAGCUGGGAAAGCUGUACAACAGAGAGUCUGCCCUUGAAUUUCUGCUGGACAGAAGUAAAUUUGAAUGUGCUCAAAGCUUUGACCAUCUCAGAGUCCUCAAGGACUUGAAGAAGCUGGAGCUGACCGUGAACCGGGGCUACGAGGGCUGGCUGGCGGAGAAGGGGGACAGCUAUAUCGACAUGCAGAAGUCUGGCUACAUCUGUCCAGUUGUCGGGCUGGAGAUGAAUGGAAAGUACAAAUUCUGCUUUUCUUGGAAGUGUGGCUGUGUCGUGUCGGAGCGAGCGCUGAAGGAGGUCAAGACCGAUGUCUGCCACAAGUGUGGGAAGCCAUUUGCCCCUGAAGACAUCGUGCUGAUGAAUGCAGCGGAGGAGGACUACGACGAGAUGAAGACAAAAAUGGAGGCACGCAGACUGAAAACCAAGAUGGAGAAGAAAGCCAAAAAGGCAGAGAAACACAAGGUUGAGACAACCAGCCAGGCCGCUGAAGGUGAAGCAAGUUCCAGCAAGAGAGUGAGAAUUGUGGAGCCGGCCAAGGUAGAAAGUGGAUCGUCCAAGCUGACCAAUGGGCUGAAGAAUCCCAGGACCAAAGUGACCAAUGGGAAAGUAGAGGAAAAAGCAGCCAAAGCCAAAAGCAUCCAAGAAGACCCCACCGCCAGCAAGGCAUUCAAGUCUUUGUUUACCUCCUCUGACAGAGCAAGGAAUCAACCCAAGGCUCACUGGGUCACGUUUAACCCCAUGUAUUAUUGAACACUCUCUGUGGACAUUGGACAGACUCUGUGAGAGUGUGUUCACACACAGCAGUAAGGUAGAUGGUAUCUCCACAUGUGUCCAAGUCAGGAUACUGAAGGCAACUCAGGGCAGUUGUAACACUACUCUAUGGGACGAUGAACAAGAAUGUUAUAAGUACAGACCGAUCAGCAUGUUCAGCUAUUCGCAAAAUAAUCAUUCAUAGCAGUUAUACUUGUAAAUGAUCAAGCCUUUCCUUUAUUUAUGACUAAACUCACAAGUCUCCAUUUCUUGGUUUGGAGUUCACCUUAACAACUGUAACUAGGAUGGGUGAUGGCAGCAUAUUUCAUGAAGUACUUGUAGAACUGUAGGUUUGAUUUCCAACAUGGACGCUACAGCAGCCACAUUGAAAAUGCCCUUUUCAUUUUUGUUUGUUUGUGUAAGAGUGACAGAGUAUGUUUCUCUGCUUUUAGCAAUAUUCUGGACAUAUUAGGGCAGACAAUGCCAUCAAUGGGUUUAACACACUGUGCUUCUGUGGAUUAUGGGGCUGAAAUUUAAGAAACGCUAGAUUUUAAGUUAACAAUGCAGCCAUGCUGAAAAUGUUGCUUGGCCAGCAAAUAAAAGAAUUAUUAAAAAAUAUGAAUUUAAAAUGAUUUAAAAUGUAAUCUGUAGUGUCUAUAUGCACAAAAGUCAGCUACAGAAUCUCUGGCUCUAUCUUUAGUCAUGGAAGUCAUUAUCUCUGCAGAACAACAAAUGUACAUAGCUAGAAUCAUGUACAGUUACCAUGGUUACAUGUGAUUUUAUUGGUGAAUAUGUACUGUGUAUAUAUUUUGUGUAAAAUGUCCGUAUUUGUGAAUAAAUUAUCAAUCUUU